ACGGAUAUUACAUUCGUAUAUUUGUAAGACGUCGUGAAUAUUUAUAAAGGAUAAAAUUCUUAAGUAAAAAUUUAUAAGUUAUCAUUCAUCAAUUUGUGGAGAAUAAGAACAAUAGAAAUUUUGUUUUGAGAGAGAGAGAGAGAGAGAGAGAGAGAGAGAGAGAGAGAGAGAGAGAGAGAGAGAUCAACGAAGUAUUUUUAUUAUAUAUCCAAGGCAAAAAUCAAGAUGAAGAGGCUCCUAAGGAGCAUAGUCUGUCUGACAAUACUAGCAGUAAGUUUUUCAACAGAAAUUAUCGACAAACAAUUGUUACCAGAAUUAUCAUUCACUCUCAAUGGACACAGUCUUGAGUGGCCUUGUCAGAGCACAAAGAACAUUUACGAGACAAGUGGUCGUUACGUGGCUAGAAAUGUAAUAUCAACAAGGAUGCAAAUUUACAAGGACGAUGCGAUCCUAGCUCUACCACGUUACAAACCUGGUGUACCAUUUACCUUGGGUGCUGUAUCAUUGAAAAGUAAAACCUGCUCACCAAUGAUACUGCCGUUUCCUUGUUGGGCAAUACAAGAAGAAGGUAAUUGUGAAGCUCUGCAAAGUGUCAUUGACAUUGUACUCGAUAUUCAAGAUAUUCUUUGGGUUCUUGAUACUGGUAUCGUUAACACGAUGACUCAACCAGUUAGAAGAUGUCCUGCUAAAGUAGUUGGAAUUAAUGUUAAAACUGGCAAGGUAGUUAAAAUCAUUGACUUAAGUCAAUUUGUACUUCCAUUAUCCCAUCUGCAAUAUAUGCUCGUUGACUAUGCAGAAGAUGGCCAAGUUUACAUAUAUAUUUCUGAUGCAAUAAACAAAGCUAUCAUUAUUUAUAACGUCACAGCAGAUCGUGGAAACAGAGUGGUUCUACCAAAUACUGUGUCUACCGAUUUGGAUAAGCCCGACGUAUUGUACAUGGUUCUUGUUCGAAAAUCUGAUGGUACAUCUGUCGUAUACUUCACGUACCUAGGAUCUAACAGACUUUUCGGUAUUAGAGCCACUAAUUUGAGAAGUGGUGAUCUAAAUGGAUCAAUCGAAGAAGUUGGUCUAAAACAUCAGAAAAUUGUUUUACUUGGUAGCGAUAAUGGACCGGCCAUUUUCUUCCGAAACAAAGGUGAAUCUGAUAUUUAUAUGUGGAAUACGGAAACACCGUUCAUACAAGAUAACUUCCUUUUAGUACAAAAAGAAGGUGAUUGUCGAUUAUCGACACAAGUUGUACCUGGCUCCAAAAGACUUAUGUGGACCAUUGAAAGUAACUUCCAGGAUUAUAUAUUGAACACAGUGAGCUGUGCAGGUGCUACAGUUUCUAUUCAUCCUUUAAUGAACUCCUGUGAAGAAUAAAUGGAUUGACCGGACAAUAAAAAGAACUAUAAUAUACGAUUAUCGAUCAAAUACAUCGUAGUUUUAACAUAAACAACAUCGUAUGCUUUCAAAGAAAAGCUAAUCGUCAUCAUAAUUUUCCUAUUUAGGAAAAAAAUAAUAAUUUAUGUACAAAUAAAACUUAUGUGCUAUAUAA